AGCUCGCUGCAUUUAAGUUUACUGAUGACAGCUUCUGGAGACGCCUUCCACGAGAAUCUGACAAGGAAGCUUCAAUGACUGCCGGACACCAUUACCUGAAGCGAACGGGACUUGAUUAAAGUCUGAGUGACAGCUAAUGUGGCUAUGGGUCUCUGCAAGUGUCCUAAGAGAAAGGUGACCAAUUUGUUCUGCUUUGAACAUCGUGUAAAUGUGUGUGAGCAUUGCCUCGUCUCCAACCACAACAAGUGUAUCGUGCAGUCAUAUUUGCAAUGGCUCCAGGACAGCGAUUACAACCCCAACUGUACUCUGUGUAACACUCUACUGAAUGCUCAAGACACCAUUAGGCUGGUCUGCUAUGAUGUGUUUCACUGGUCCUGUCUUAAUAACUUGGCCUCUCGGCUGCCACUCCAUACGGCUCCAGCAGGAUACCAGUGCCCCACCUGUCGGGGUUCAUUGUUUCCUCCUUCCAACCUUGCCAGCCCAAUUGCUGAUGUGCUGAAAGAACAGCUGUCAUCUGUGAACUGGGCGAGAGCAGGUUUAGGGCUGCCGCUGAUUGAAGAGUCCGUUGGGGUCCUUGAGGAGACCACAGCGAGUGAUGUCACUGAUUAUACUGACUGGUCAACAUUUGACGCCCAAGAGCAAAGUAAGAUUUACCCCAGCCACUCUUACAACACCAGCCUCAACCCACCACCAAAUCCUGUCCCACCGCCAGCAGAGGAAGACCUCGGAGGUCCUCGGCAAAAUGGGGACCAACAUAAGCAUGAGACUGUGGUCAACUUCACGAAUGAAGCUACCCGGGACACAAUUACACUACACACAGCAUCGUCGCCAAGAAAGAUCUACGACACUCGGGACGUCGGCCACAGCACCGUCACACAGGUUGACAUCGACGAUGACAAGUACCGACGGCGUCCAACGUUAAGUUGGUUUGCUCAAAUUCUCAAAAAUCGCACGGGUGGAAAGCGGACAUCUCUGUCCUGGAAGCAGCGGGUCUUCAUGCUCCUCGUGGUCGGAGUUCUGGGAUUCUUCACCUUGAUAAUCAUCAUGGCUAAACUCGGCCGUGCCUCCGCGAGCUCCGACCCAAAUUUAGAUCCUCUUCUUAACCCCAACAUUCGUGUGGGAAAAAACUGAUAACAAGCAUUGAUUCCUUCUUUUACCUUCUGUGUAACACAAUAUAUGCCUGUGCAGAACGAGUUGAAAUGGGACUUUCUAAUAUGUGGUUAGCCCAGCAGAGGGAGCCGUUUACCAUACGAGAGUGGAAAAGAGAAAGAGACGCUGUACCUUUUGUUUAAGAAUGGAUGCAAUCUCUGGCAUCACACAGUAGACCGUGACACUUUAAUGGCCCUUCACUGACCAUUAAAAAAAAAAAAACUCAAAUUUCCUGGGCUCCACGGGAAGCAGGGUGACAAACACCAGGUGCAAAUAGAUCUAGGUUUCCGGUUAUUGUUGCUCUAAUGCUGAAGAGGGGUAGUAUUUAUAUUUUCAAAUCCAUCUCUAAUUUGUAAGUGAUCUUUGUAAGUUGUUUUUGAUUUUUUAAGUUUGGUAGAAACUAAAUGAACACUUCUGAUGUGGAAAGAACAUCGUUAGCCGACGGAAGAGUCGGUGUGUAUGCGACCGAUGGCCAAAACGUUCAAUAACGUUGACAUGUUCAUAACCUGACUCCACCUGCUGAUUUGAUUAGAGCAGCCACUGAGUGUUUUCUCCUUUUAGAGAAGAUGUGGCCCUCACAACAUGGAAUCAAAUAUACCCCACAGAAAAUUAAUACAUAACUAUUUAUGGGUGUCUGCAUUACUUCUGAAAUUGAGUGCAUUGCUUUUAGAUUUGCGAUACAUACUGUGUACAUUUUCCUGAUGUUUUUUUGACUGUCUAUUAAAUGGGAAUACUACAGAA